UGUAGUGGCUUUGGGGCUUCAGCUCUUGUUCUAACUCAAGGAAAAACUCGCGUAUUGGGCAGUUCGGUUCUAAAUCGCACGUUUAAUGUCAGUAGAAGACGGUCAAUGCUGUAACAUUUCCUGAAAUUGAACUAAUUUAAAGAAGCAUCUUUCUGAUAGUAGUAAAACUACGGAGUUGGUGAGGUAGAGUUGCUGUUGCUAAGAUAGCUAACAGUUGGAGCUGCGCAGAGUUGUAUCCCCUGUUGGAACAGGAGUGAGGAGAGGACGAGUAGCUGCUUGACCCCUUUCGUGCUUUGAAUAUGUUAAAUUUGAUCAACUUUUGGUCUCCAAAAUCUUCGGAUCCAUGGUGAAGAGAAAGAAGACGUCGUCCGCGGCCGAGGAGCUGGAAAAUGGGAUGACAGUGAGCCAAGGGGAUGUUUCUGGGGCAGAGGGGGCAAAGAAACAUGCCCGCAAGCUGGAGGGUUGCGAUGAGGAGAGUGGAGAUCAGGCGAGCGAGGAGACGAGUACAAAGAGAGACGAAGAGGAAAUUCUUAAUCCAUCAACUGCGGCCAGCUCCAGUUUGACUCCGAGUCUUCCCACCUCGACACCGAACCCGUCCGGACCCCCAGCGAACUUACAGUCUAACACUUCACCCCCUCCCGUCCCACAGAACCAGGAUCAACAUCAUUUUCUCCGUUCCAGUGUGCGACCUCCAAGCAAGCGGCUACGGAAGGACCCCGUUGCCCCAGCGCUGAACGGGCACGGCGGGGCGAAAGCGAAAGGCACUGAAGCAGGUCCGGCAGCAUGUGCGGCGGCCACGUCAGGCUCCGCGGGGGGCUCGGGUGCCGGGGGCGGCUCUCGGUCGGGGCCCCGCGGUCAGGGCUCAGGCGAGAAGGAGGAGGGCAGCCAGAAGCGCACCCGCCGCCAGUGGGAGUCCUGGAGCACCGAGGACAAGAACAGCUUCUUCGAGGGCCUCUAUGAGCACGGCAAAGACUUUGAAGCCAUUCAGAACAACAUAGCACUGAAGUACAAGAAGAAAGGGAAGCCGGCGAGCAUGGUGAAGAACAAGGAGCAAGUGCGCCACUUCUACUACCGCACCUGGCACAAGAUCUCCAAACACAUCGACUUCAACAAUGCGUACUCCCGCGUGCUGAAGAAGUCCUCCCAGGAGCUCUAUGGCCUCAUCUGCUACGCCGAGCUCAGGAAGAAAGUGGGAGGCUUGAUGGACGAUAAGAACGUUGCAAAACUCAACGAGCUCAUUCAGCAGGGUGCCACCACCGUGCGAUUCAAAGGCAGAAACCUGCGGAUAAAGGCCCCGAUGUGCCGAGCCCUGAAGAAACUGUGUGACCCAGAUGGAGUGAGUGAUGAAGAGGACCAGAAGCCCGUGCGGCUGCCCCUGAAGGUUGCCGUGGAGCUGCAGCCCCGUAGCAAUCACUCCUGGGCCCGCGUGCAGAGCCUGGCACACAACCCUCGCCUCCGGAUGGUGGUGGAACUCCACAGGAAGGUGUCCAGUCUGAUUGAGUUCCUGAAGCAGAAGUGGGCCGUGCAGGACCAGCGAAUCCGUAAGAGUCUGGAGGAGCGCGAGGCCCUGGAGGCUGGCAGCAGUGGGGGCACCAGUGGCGGCGCUGGCGCUGGCGCAGGCGCAGGCGCAGGCGGCGUAGCAGCCCCAAAGAAGAGCCAGGGCUCUGAGGAGGAGCUGCUCCUCUUCCCGGCCGAGAGCAGCACGGUGACGGCGCUGCCCGGCGUGGCGCGCGUGGUGCACUCCAAGGCCUCCUGCAUCGUGCACUGGCAGGAGAGCGGCCGCAGCCGCCCGGGCACCCGGGACAUGCCCGGCGCCGCCCACAUCCUGGGCAUCCAGCCGGCGGGGGCGCGCGGGGCGGGCGGCCGACUGGGCAAAGGUGGAGGUGGAGGUGCCGGAGCCAGUGCUGCUACUACUACUACAGCCACAGUUACAGCUGCAGCGCCAGCACCCCCUGUUGGGAAGGUGGAGGCACAGAGUCUGGAAGGCACGGAUGGAGGCUCAACAACGACAUCAGCAGCAGCAACGGUAGCAAACUUAGGAGUGAGUGGGGGAGACAGUACUAACAUUAAUAACGCUAACCCAGCUCUGGCCUCCUCCUCCUCCUCCUCCUCUACGGCACUAGUGGCCACUCCCAACCAGCUUACCACACACUCAGCAUCCCCCUCCCCCACCCCCACUCCCACUCCCGCCACCACCACAACAGGCCCCGUGGCGGAGCAGAGCCGGAAAGGACCAGCUGAAGCGGGGGAUGGGACGACUGCGAUGGCGACGGCGGUGACACAUGGACACAAACAUGGACAUGGUGAUGGCAAGGAGAAAUCUCCCUCCUCGGCCGAGAAGGACUCUGCUGCUCCACCUGAGCCAAACAAAGAGGAGGUAGCUGGACCUCAGGCUGGAGUGGUAUCCACAGACCAGGCCGCCGGUCCCCCUGCCACGCCAGCCGAUGGCACAACGCGGGCAAACGGAGACAGUGGUGGCAUAAGUGUUCCGAGUGGCACCGCGGUCACCGGUGGUGGUAGCACUGCGACUGCCACUGGCACCACAACGACGGGCACCACAGCGACGGGACGUUCCCCGGAGAGGAUCCGCGAGGAGGGCUGGAGCGCCACGGAGGCGGAGAACGUGACGCUGGCCGAGCUCUACCUGAUGCUGGGCAAGCCGGGCAAGCUGCAACUGGAGUACGAGUGGCAGGUGCGCCAGCAGCCUCCGCCGGGCACCGCGGGCACGGGUGGCACCCCCACUCCCGUCUUCACCUCCCCGCCCAGCACCCACAGCGUGCUGCGCUGCCUGCUGCGCCUUGCCGCGUCCGAGGUCAACCCCAAACCGGCUCCAGAGCUGUGCACGGUGGGCACGUCCCCCGGUAAGCCGGGCCAGGAGGAGCAGUCCCUGACGCCGCCGGGGAAAGGCCCCUCGGGAGCCACACGCAGCCCCAGCUGUGGACGACAGCAGAACGCCGCACGCAACACCAAGCUACUGCUGCCCGGGACCAGCUCCACAGGUGUGCGUAACCUGCCGCGCUCCCUGCUGGUCUCCGGGGGCGAUGGUGAGCGUGGAGGCUUCGCCGUGCCGACUACUCUGCCCCCCAACAGCUCCCGCCUCUCGCGCAUGUUCUCGCCCAAUAAGGAGGCAGAGCUGGCCUUCAGGCAGCAGCUGGACUCCAUCAGGUCUGACUUCCUGCUGCCAAAGCAGAAGAAGCUGGGAAGAGGCCGACCGCUGAGGAAGCCUCUGGUCGUGCAGAGGACACUGGUGCCGCGGACGACGGGUGACAUGUCUCAGCACUUCUGUUCAGUCUCUAUCCUCUCCAACUCUGCCGCUCAUGGCACGGGGUCAUUCAAACCGAUUCAGCCCCGCGUCCCUCUCACACGACCCUUUGUCACCAAGACCACUACGGCUACUGCGCCUGCUCCAACACCCUCCACAGAACUCUCUAGUGCUAUUGACCUAGCAGCCAAGUCUGCAGGCAUCAUUCCAGGCAGCCCCUGCAGAGACCUGUCCUCGCCCGCCGUGGAGGCCACUCUCCUGGGCACGGAGAAGGGCCUGCCCCUGCUCAGCCAGACGCAGACCCAGACCCAGGCAGCCAUCAUCCCACAGCAAGCAGAGGAGUCUCUGCAGAGCGCCCUUCCCCCUCCGUCCCCCGGGGGUGCUGACUCCCUGCUCGCCCCGCCCAGCGUGGCCUCCCUGCUGGACAUCUCUCUGCCGGGGCCCCCUGAGGAGUCCCUGCCCUCCGGAGAGGCCCAGACGCACAUCAGCGACUCCAUCAUCGACAUCGCCAUCAACUCUGCACCAUAUGGUGAAGGACCAUCUCUGUCUCCGGCUAAGCUGAAUGGGACACACACCCCCAAACUGCUGCCCUCCCCUUCUGCCAGUCCGGUGCACAGCUGGAUCCCCUCCCCCUCACACGACCCCCAGUGGUACCCCAGUGACUCCACUGACUCCACGCUCGGAUACCUGCUGUCGAGUGUGGUGUCCCCUGAUAAGAGCCGGAGGACACAGCUCCCCCCUGUGGGCCCCUCCAGUGGCACAGCCCUGCUGGGCCCCAGCCUGCUGGACUCCAACUCCCAUGAUUCCUUUCCGCCCAGAGGCCUACCUGACGUGGUGGAGGUGGACACCCAGCUGGCGUGCAUGAUGAGCGAGAACAGCGUGGACUACAUCGCCCGUUUCAACGACCUCGCUCAGGAGCUGUCCGUCACCGAGCCCUCCCUCCCGCCCCCCGGGGUCUAAAGGCUCACCCUGAUUGGACCUGCCAGUCUGACAGAUGAUGAAGCUACCCAAUCAACAUGCAGGAGAGCUGAAGCCUCCAGGACUGGAUGACAAGCAGGACCAAGGGACUUUGUCAGCCCAAGAGUUGACCAGCUGGUCCUGGGUGGGGGCCAGAGACGGACCCAGGGGCGUGUGUGUGUGUGUGUGUGUGUGUGUGUGCGAGUGUGAGUGUGUGUGAGAGAGAAUGUGUGAAAGGGUGUGCUUGGAGAGACUGUUUUUGAAGAAGUGCAAUAGUGCGCCAGGAUCCACAACACCUGACCUGUGUGAGUGCGAGAGAGAGCGGAGAAAAUGUGAAUGUGUGCUUGUGAUCGACGAUUCUGAGAGUUCUCAAUGAGCCGCCCUUUGGAAACACUUUAGGCAAAACUCUGUUUACAAUAAGCAACCUCAUGUACAGACCCCCGCUUCCACCCCAUGCCUACCAUAUCUGAACAAAGAGCUUCCCCACCUCUAUACCUAGAGCUCUAUCUCACCCAACAUCAUCUUACCUGCCCUGCCUGCUUUCCUGUGUGUCUGUCUGUCUGUCUGUCUGUCGUGCUGUCUUUCCGUCCCCUCAUUGCUGUGUGUGUGUGUGUGUGAGAGUGUAAGAAACUACUGUUUGGUUUGGAAUUUCUGUCUCUCCGGCCUCCUUGGUUUAUUGAUUCCUGCGUCAGCAUAUUCCUCUUUCUCUGGCCUGUAAGUCUAACCUGUUCUGGAUUCCCGUAAUUGAUCGCCUCCAACCUGCAACAUGGAACCAGAAGGCUAAAAUGUUGAUGUAUUUUUUAUUUUGAAUACCUGUGCCCACGCCCUUUAGGAAAACUACAGGAUGACUGAUGAUGAAUAUCCCAGAGCUGGACAUGAGCAGGAAACAGCAAGAAACUGUUCUUGGGGGAGAGGGUGGACUUUUGUGUGCGUGUGUGCGCGUGCGUGUGCGUGCGUGCGUUUGUGUGUGUGCGUGCGUGCGUGCG